AUGAGUUACCAACCUGCCAUCAUGAGCGCUUCACUCGGCCGCGCCUGGUUGCACGAUCUAGCCUACAAGAUCGACCAGGCCGCCGAAGCAGGCUUCAAAGGCCUAGAAAUUUUCUAUGAGGAUCUGGAGUACGAAGCACGCAAGCUGUCCGGCACGGAUAACCCAACCGCUACCCAUCUGCUUGCAGCAGCAGCGCACAUCCACGGCAUGUGCAGCACCCAUGGCAUCACCAUUAUCGGCCUCCAACCGUUCCUCUUCUACGAGGGCCUCAAGGACCGGACACAACACGCACAACUCCUGGAGAAGAUGAAGCUGUGGCUUCAGCUUGCCAAAAGCCUCCACACAAACACCAUCCAGAUCCCCGCCAACUUCCUCCCCGCGGAGCAACUCAUCGACGACCGGGAUCUCAUUGCGUCUGAUCUGAGACUGCUGGCCGACCUAGGUGCCGCCGAAACACCUGCCAUCCGAUUCGCAUACGAGCCUCUCUGCUGGAGCACGCAUAUCGACACCAUCGAGAAAGCCUGGGACGUCGUGCGCCGGGUCGACCGCCCCAACUUUGGGGUUUGCCUGGAUACGUUCAACAUUGCGGGCCGGGUGUGGGGGGAUCCGGCUGCGCCGACAGGGCGGACGGAGAACGCGGAUCAGCAGCUACAGAUAACACUGGAGUGGAUGGUGAAGGAGGUUGACGUGGAAAAGGUGUUCUAUAUCCAAGUUGUUGAUGCGGAGCGGAUGCGUACGCCGCUGGUGGCGGGCCAUCCGUUUCAUGUGGAUGGGCAGCCGGCGAGGAUGAGUUGGUCGCGGAAUGCAAGGACAUUCAUGUACGAGGAAGAGCGCGGGGGGUAUCUGCCAUGCGAGGAGGUCGCCAGGGCCAUUAUUCAGGGAAUAGGGUAUCAGGGGUUCGUAUCUAUGGAGCUGUUUUCCAGAACGAUGUCGUUGGAGGGAAGCCAUGUUCCUGUUGAGCAUGCGCGGCGGGGGAUCAAGGCUUGGGAGAUGCUCAAGGAGAGAUUGCAGUUACAGUAG